AUGCCUAUCCCAGAAGGCACCACAAUCCGGCAUGCGCGCCGCGAGGAUGUCCCCAUAAUCCUCGGCCUAAUCCGCGAACUUGCCAUCUACGAAAAAGAACCUCCCUCCACUGUCGAAGCCACCGAAUCUUCCCUCCUCUCCACCAUCGCAUUCGCGCCGUCCCCGAUCGUAUCCCCCUCAAAUACCACCCCCUCGACGGGCGACGCCGUUUCACGCAGCCGGCCCGCACGCGCCAUCCUCAUAUUCACGCCCGCCAACGAACCCGCGGGCGUGGCGUUGUAUUUCUACAACUACAGCACGUGGCGGGCGCGGCCGGGCAUCUAUCUCGAGGAUUUGUUCGUCAGAGAGAGCGAGAGGGGAAACGGGUACGGGUUGCGGUUGCUGGCAGAGUUGGCAAAGGAGGUGGUCGAAAUGGGUGGGAAGCGGCUGGAAUGGUGUGUGUUGAAGUGGAAUGAACCGAGCAUUAGGUUUUAUGAGGGUGUUGUGGGAGCAAAGGCGAUGGAUGAGUGGCAGACUAUGAGGGUUGAUGGGGAGGCGCUGGAGAAGUUGGCUGGGAGGGCCGGGUAG